AUGCCGCCGGGCAACACGACGUGGCGUCGCCGCCGCUGCCACCGCGCGUGCGUCGCCCUCCUGCUCGCCACCGUUGCCCGGCCGGCCUCGUCUCAGCUGUUCACGCCGCCGCCCGGUGCCGACGUGGCGGGGGCGGGCGGCGGGGGAGGAGGAGGAGGGGGUGCGAGCUUUAAUGUGGCGACGUCGCUCCUGUUCGUCGGGGUCGUCAUCGCGCUCUUCUUGCUCGGGUUCUUCUCCGCCUACCUCCGGCGCUGCUCCGAGGCUGCCACCGCCGGCCACCGCCGUGGCGUCGCCGCGCACGCCAGCGCGGCCGUCGCGGCCGCAGCUGCGGCCGCGUUCGCGUCGGCGGGGAACGGCGGGAGGAGGCGCGCGGGGCUCAACGCCUCCGCGAUGGAGGCGCUGCCGGUGCUGACGUACGCGACGGCGAGGGCAGUGAAGGCCGGGCGCGGGGCGCUCGAGUGCGCGGUCUGCCUCGCCGAGUUCGCCGAGGACGGCGAGAAGCUCCGCCUCCUCCCCGGCUGCUGCCACGUGUUCCACGCCGCGUGCAUCGACGUGUGGCUCGCGGCGCACGUCACCUGCCCCGUGUGCCGCGCCGACCUCGCGGACCCUGCCGUCGCCGCCGCCGGCCACGUCCUCGCCGCUGACCUCGCCGUUCAGGCGGAGAUGCCCAAUCACACGGUGGUGAACGUCGAGACACCGGAGCCCACGACCGAAAAGGACCCGCUGCCCGUUCAGCAGCGGCCGGAGACGGCGGAGGAGCGGGUGGACCGGUACACGCUGCGGCUGCCGGAGAGGCUGAAGAGGGAGAUCGAUGAGGCCAAGCUGCUCCGCAGGUCGGUGAGCGCGGUGACCGCGCCGGCGACCGCGUCCAGCGGGCGGUGGGCGUCGGCGGCGUCUCGGACAAUGUCAGCGGCGCGUCCGAGCCGCCGUUGGUCGGCGCUCCUCCGUGCGUUAUCCGGGCCGCGAUGGAGCGACAUGGACAGUGGCCGGAGGGUGGCGCCGCUGCAAACUCACGCCACCGGCACGAGCCACGGCGGCGAAGGGGACGUCGAGGUGGUGGUGGUGCAGGGCGACGCGGGGACGGACAUGGAGAAGUACUACGCGCACAGCCUCACGUUCGCCGGCUUCGUGAUCGACGGCGACGUCGCCGCCGGCGACUGGAACCCCGAGGUGUUCCAGGUGUCCACAGCCGUUCCGGCCGCCGCGGCGCCCCAGCGAUGAAAUGCAUGCAGCUCAUAUUGAUGAAUUUAAUUUCAGUAGGAACUGUACAAUUUCU